AUGGAGCUCGCCAACGGCACGACGGGGCCCGCCGGCAACGCCAGCCAGCCGGCACCGGCCAGCCUGGGCUACCAGCUGGGUACGUCGGUGGUGCUGGGCGCGCUGAUCCUUUUCGCCGUGCUGGGCAACGCCUGCGUGGUGGCCGCCAUCGCCCUGGAGCGCUCCCUGCAGACGGUCGCCAACUACCUGAUCGGCUCUCUGGCCGUCACCGACCUGAUGGUAUCGGUGCUGGUGCUGCCCAUGGCCGCGCUGUACCAGGUGCUGGGCAAGUGGACGCUGGGCCAGGUGACCUGCGACAUCUUCAUCUCGCUCGACGUGCUGUGCUGCACCUCGUCCAUCCUGCACCUGUGCGCCAUCGCCCUGGACCGGUACUGGGCCAUCACCGACCCCAUCGACUACGUCAACAAGCGCACCCCACGGCGCGCCGCCGCUCUCAUCAGCCUCACCUGGCUGAUCGGCUUCCUGGUCUCCAUCCCGCCCAUGCUGGGCUGGCGCACGCCCCAGGACCGCUCCGACCCCGACGCCUGCACCAUCAGCAAGGACCCCGGCUACACCAUCUACUCCACCUUCGGCGCCUUCUACCUGCCGCUGCUGCUCAUGCUGGUCCUCUACGGGCGCAUCUUCAAGGCGGCCCGCUUCCGCAUCCGCAAGACCGUCAAGAAGGCCGACAAGAAGCGCCCGCCCCAGCCCCCGCCCCAGGCCGACACCUGCCUCAACCUCUCGCCCGAGCCGAGCAACGGCGGGCUCCGGCCGCCCCCGCCGGCCAAGGGCUGGAGGGGCCCCGUGGAGCCGCGGGCGGGGGGCAGCGCCUGCGCCAACGGGGCCCUCCGGGGGGCAGAAGACGGCCCGGUGGCGCCCUCCGUCCUGGAGAUCCUGGAGGCCAGCCCGUGCAACGCCAGCAAGGGCCACCUGCCCCUGCCCAACCACCACGCUGCCCUGGCCGGGGCCGCCACGCCGGGCGCCGCCAGGAAGAACGAGCCCAAGAACGCCGAGGCCAAGCGGAAGAUGGCCCUGGCGCGGGAGCGCAAGACGGUCAAGACGCUGGGCAUCAUCAUGGGCACCUUCAUCCUCUGCUGGCUGCCCUUCUUCAUCGUGGCCCUGGUGCUGCCCCUCUGCGCCGGCUGCCACAUGCCCGAGGGGCUGGGCGCCGUCAUCAACUGGCUGGGCUACUCCAACUCCCUGCUGAACCCGGUCAUCUAUGCCUACUUCAACAAAGAUUUCCAAAGUGCUUUUAAGAAGAUCAUCAAGUGCAAGUUUUGCAGGCAGUGA